UUACGUUCGCGUUGCCGGAGUCCGUUAUGCUGCUUGCGGUUGUGCUGCUGGAGUCCGUCAUGUUGCUCACGGUCGUGCUGUUGGAGACUGUUGUGCUGCUCACGCUCGUGCUGCUGGAGUCCGUCGUGCUGCUCUGGAUGCUGCUGCUCCAGCCCAUGACGCUGCUCAGGGCCGCGUUGCUGGAAUCUGUCCUGCUGCUUCCAGGCGAGUUGCUGGGCCCCGUCGUGUUGCUCACGAUGGUGCUGCUGAAGUCCGUCCUGCUGUUUACGGUCGUGCUGGUGGAGCCCCUCACGUUCGUGCUGCUGGAGUCCGUCGUACUGCUCACGGUCGUGCUGCUGGAGUCCAUCAUGCUGCUCACGGUCGUGCUGCUGGAGUCAGUCGUGCUGCUCACGAUGGUGUUGCUGGAGUCCGUCGUGCUGCUCACGAUGGUACUGCUGGGGUCCGCUAUUCUGCUCACGCUCGUGCUGCUGGAGUCCGUUGUGCUUCUCCCGAUGCUGCUGCUGGAGUCCAUCAUGUUGCUCACGGUCGCGUUACUGGAGUCCGUCGUGCUGCUCCCGGGCGCGUUGCUAGGGGCCGUCGUGCUGCUCAUGAUGGUGCUGCUAAAGUCCGUCCUGCUAUUCACGCUCGUGUUGCUGGAGUCCGUAAUGCUGUUCUCGACGAUGCUGCUGAAGUCCGCCAUGUUGUGUACGGUCGCGCUGCUGCAGUCCGUCGCGCUGCUCACGGUGGUUUUGCUUGAGUCCGUUGUGCUGGUCACGAGUGUGCAGCUGGAGUCCGUUAUUCUGCUCACGCUCGUGCUGCUGGAGUCUGUUGUGCUGCUCCCGAUGCUGCUGCUGGAGUCCAUCAUGCUGCUCACGGUCGUGUUGCUGGAAUCCGUCGUGCUGCUCACGUCCGUCGUGCUGCUCACGGACGUGCUGCUGGGGUCCGCGAUGCUGUUGACGAUGAUGCUGCUGAAUUCCGCCAUGCUGCUGACGGUCGUGAUGCUAGAGCCCGUAAUUCAGCUCACGAUGGUUUUGCUGGAGUCCGUCAUGUUGCUCACGAUUGAGCUGCCGGAGUCCGUCGCGCUGGAUACGGUCGUGCUGCUGGAGUCCGUUGUGCUUCUCCCGAUGCUGCUGCUGGAGUCCAUCAUGUUGCUUACGGUCGUGUUGCUGGACUUCGUCGUGCUGCUCCUGGACGCGCUGCUGGGGUCGGUCGCUCACGAUGAUGCUGCUGAAGUCUGCCGUGCUGCUGACGGUCUCGUGCUGCUCACGCUAGUGGUGCUGGAGUCCGUCGUGCUGCACACGGUCGUGCUGCUGGAGUCCGCUGUGCUGCUCCUGAUGGUGCUGCUGGGGUCCGCUAUGCUCACGCUCGUGCUGCUGGAGUCUGCGGUGAUGCUCACGAUGCUGCUGCUGGAGUCCAUCAUGCUGCGCACGCUCGUGUUGCUGGAAUCCGUUGCGCUGCUCACGGAGGCGCUGCUGGGGUCAGGUGUGCUGCUCACGAUGGUGCUGCUGGAGUCCGUCCUGCUGUUUACGGUUGUGCUGCUGGAGUCCGUAGUGCUGCUCACGAUCAUGCCGCUGAAGUCCGCCAUAUUGCAACGAACGUGCUGA